GCAGCCGGUUCCUCUUCAGCCCGUCAGGAUGAAAUAACCUUGUUGUUUGCAGCCUCAGGUGGACAGCUUCACCACAUGAGACAAAAUGGAGCGAGACAUGAAAGGUGGCACUCAGGCGAGUCCAAACGACAGCCAAAGGAUUGAUCCCUAUGGCUUUGAGAGACGAGACGAUUUCGAGCCGUAUAAGGAGAUGAUGAACGAGUACCUGGCUGUACUCAACAGAAGGUCAAAGAGGUGGUCCAAGCUCCUUCAGGACAAACCCAAUGUUGAGAAGAACUUAACAGUGAAGAGGUAUGUGCGUAAAGGUGUGCCUAACGAGCAUCGGGCCAUGAUCUGGAUGGCAGCGAGUGGCGCUCAGGAACACCUGGAGAAUAAACCUGGUUAUUACCAGUCUCUGCUGGAGACGGAGCACGACGCCAAGCUGAAGGAAACCAUUCACACAGACAUGCACCGGACCUUUCCYGACAACAUCCUCUUUAAGAGUCGAGCAGAGGAAGGCCUGCAGAAAGCUCUGUUCAACGUGCUGCUGGCGUACGGGCACCAUAAUCAGACCGUGGGCUACUGUCAGGGAAUGAAUUUCAUCGCUGGUUACCUCAUGAUCAUCACCAAAGAUGAAGAGAAAUCCUUCUGGCUUAUGGAUGCCCUGUUGGGCCGAAUCCUCCCAGACUACUACAGCCCGGCCAUGUUGGGGCUGAAGAUGGACCAGGAAGUCCUUGGCGAGCUGGUGAAGACCAAAGCUCCUGCAGUGGGGCAGCUCAUGGCCCAAUAUCCAGGGAUCUGGACUCUGGUGGUGUCACGCUGGUUCAUCUGCCUCUACAUCGACAUCCUCCCGAUAGAGACGGUUCUGCGGGUCUGGGACYGUCUCUUCUAUGAGGGCUCCAAGGUUCUCUUCCGGGUGGCUCUGACUCUCAUAGUCCAUCACCAGAUGGAGAUCCUGCGAGCGCGCUCACUGCCUGACGUGUGUGAGUGCUUCAAGCAAAUCACCUGUGGAGCUUUCACCCUCGACUGUCACACCUUCAUGCAGAAAAUCUUUACAGAACCUGGGAGCCUGUCAAUGGCAACUAUAAAUAAACUGAGAGAGAAAUGCAGACGACAAAUCCUGGAGGAGGAAUCUCAAAGCAGAUGAAGUUUAUCAGAUACUGGAGGAAGUUUGAAUAGACUAAGAAAGGCGGCUGAUUCUAGAUCCAGCAUACUGGGUAUUUGUUUAUAUAUAAAUACAUAUAUUUUUAAUACUGAUGUUUCUAAGCCUUUCUUUUGUUUCAUUUCCUAAAAUAUCCUUGCUGCUUUAUUCAGUGCAGAUCACUCCACCUGCUUUUCAAUCCAUACUUGAAUCUGUCAUUUUGUUGAUUGUUUACACUUUAUUAUGAGGCUGAGCAGAUUUAUUUCACACUGUGUAGAAAUGCAAUUUUAGUUAGCUUAAAGCUAUUUAAUGAAGGAAGGAAACACGGUAAAUUUAAUGUGCUGAUUAUUGCUCUUAUUUAUAGAAUCUGUGCUUGUUAACAGUUCUAAUCUGUUUUCUUACAUAGCCGUAUGAAAAUGUUUCUGCAACAAAAACUAAAGGUGAUUAUCUUGUUAUAUGUGAGUCUUUAACAAUCGUUCAUUCAUAAGCUUCAAACCUCCACUGACCCUCUCAAAAUGUCCCAAACAGCAAAACUGUUGAUUUCUGAGCUCAGAUAAAACUCUUUUGAUCCACUUCCAGACUUUAUGUGGGACAAAGCUGCAUUCCACUGAUGACUGAAAUCUUAUUAUGUAAAAAGAUGUUUUUAAAAACACAUUAAAAUAUUUACUAAAUGGUUUCUGAUUAUUGUUUUGGGGCUACAAUUUUACAC